UACUUAUUAUUUAGAAGAAAAAAAUAAUCAGCAAUGAGCAGCACAAAGACGAUGCAUUACGCAAAGUGGUUUUGACGCAACAGCGUUUAUGAUGACCUUUUGUGUUGGCAAAGGGUGAUGACGCAGUGAAGUGAAAGCAGCAACAGCAAUGGGCGAUCACAUAGCGAAGGGACAAGAACUGGCCAAGAGAGCGGAGAACAAGCUCCAUGCUUGUUGCCCCUUGUUCGGGUCCAACUUGGAAGACGCUGCCGAAUUGUUCCACAAAUCCGCCACUUCCUUCAAACUCGCCAAAUCAUGUACGUAUGUCUCUUUCAUUCGGGUUCGAACCCACCACCUCUCCAAUCAAUGCUUACACUCUUUCAGGGGACAAGGCGGCCUCACUCUUCGUCAAAUCCGCUAAAUGUCACUUGAAGUUGGAUAGCAAGUAUGAUGCUGCAAAUGCUUAUGUGGAUGCUGCACAUUGCUACAAGAAAACUUCCACAUCAGGAGCUAUUUCCUGCUUAAAUAAAGCUGUGACUAUCUUCACUGAGAUUGGUAGGCACAUCAUGGCUGCUAAGUAUUCAAAGGAAAUUGGCGAGUUAUAUGAGCUUGAUCAAGACAUAGAACAUGCUAGAUCUUAUUAUGAGAGGGCUGCUGAACUUUUUGAAAUUGGGGAUGCAGCAACUUCUGUGAUCCAGUGCAAAGUUAAAGUUGCACAAUUUUGUGCCCAGCUUCAACAAUAUCAGAAGGCAAUUAAGAUUUAUGAAGAUAUUGCCCGGCAAUCACUGGAUAGUAACUUGUUGAAAUAUGGAGUUAGAGGGCAUCUUCUUAAUUCUGGCCUUUGCCAGCUUGUCCAAGGGGAUUUUGUUGCAAUUACCAACUCUUUGGAGCGCUAUCAGGACUUGGAUCUGACAUUCUCCAGAACCCGUGAAUACAAAUUUUUGGCUGAUUUGUCUGCUUCAAUUGAUGAGGGAGAUGUUGAAAAGUUUACUAGAGUAGUGAAGGAGUUUAAUAGCAUAACCCCAUUGGAAUCUUGGAAGUCAACCCUUUUGUUGAGAGUAAAGGAUGCUAUGAAAGUAAAAGAGAUGGAAGAUGAUGAUUUGACAUGAAUCAAUGACAACUGAAUUUUCUGCCAAUUAAGUUACUCUCAGCUUUGUAAAUGCCACUGGUAUGGAUAUUAUUUUUGCCAUGGUUUGAUGGUUUUUCUUAUUACUAUUUGUAAUUUGUAUUACUAAAAGCAGAAGGUCAUCUGUGCAUCAUGCCUGUAUAUGCCCAAAAAUUGACAAAAUUUGUUCUCCAAACCUUUAUUCCUGAGCUUUAGAAGGGAUAAGAUCUAAUUUACAAUGUUCAUUGGCUGUUGUAUUUUUGUAUACUAUGUCCUGAAAUUCACAAUGGAAAUUUAUCAAGUGCUUUUAAGAAAA